AUGGAAGAUAAUGCUGAAUUCUUAAUUCGAUCGAUGUUGAAUUUGGAAAAAUGCAAAGGUAUGCAAGGAAAAAAGCCAACUCGUCGAAAAGUUCGAUCUCAAUUAAUUCAAAUGCAUGAGCGGUAUCAUUCAUUUGAAAAUAAUAGUCAACCGUCAGUUGUUCAUGAAAAGGUUACAAGUUUAAUAUACCCACCAUGCACACAACCCUUGUCAAGCCUGCAACGAAUAUCAUUAACCGAUUUAGUAUUGGAAACUGUUCAUCGUGAAAAAUAUCUGCUUCUAAGAACAAUUGUUCAUCCAAAAAAGAUUGUGGAAAUUAGAACUAUUGUUGAAGAUCCUAACGGUGAUGUUGACGUUUUAGAAUUAUACUAUCAAAAUCCUAAUCGAUCUCAUAAAGAUAUAAUUCCAAACGAUAGUAUUAUUGUACUAAAAGAACCAUACUAUAAAAUAUCUGAUCAAGGCGAAACUUCUUUAAGAUGUGAUCAUCCAACUGAUUUAAUCUUUCUGGAUGCAAAUAAUCCAAUCGUACAAGAUAUCAAAUGGAAAACUGGAACACCAAAAACUCACAAAAUUCUAAUAGCUGCUGAAUACAAGACACUUGGAAAUGAUUAUUUCAAACAAGGCAAAUUUUAUGAAGCUAUUAAAGCUUACUCAGAUGGUAUUUCAUCCUCUGGCAUUUCUGAUCCAGAAAUCUCUCUUCUUAGAUUAAAUCGUUCACAAGCUCAACUGAAAGUCAAUCAUUUCGAAGAUGCUUUAAAUAAUUGUCAAGAUAUUUUAAAAAAUGAUCCAAAUAACGUUAAAGCUUUGUACCGAUGUAUAAAAGCACUUUAUGGUUUAGAGAAUUAUGACGAAGCCUUGGUGCAAGUGAAGAACUUAUUAAAAAUAGAUCCUAAGAACGUCGAUGCUCAACGAGAAUUAAAUUCAAUUGAGACAAGAAUUACAGAAAAAAGAAAAGGUCUUUACAAUUUUGAUCAAAUGAUUGAACAAGCUAAAAAAUCGUCAACUCCUUGUCUUGAUAACGCAUCUUAUGUUGGACCAGUUCAAGUUGCUGAGAUUUCAACAGAAAGAGGUCGUGGUUUAAUUCUUACUGAAGAUGUUCGUAAAGGUCAAUUACUAUUAUGUUGCAAGGCAUUCGCAAUUACUUAUCCAACAGAAUAUAGUGAAGUUAAUCAUUUUAAUGCAGUAACACAAGUUGUUGAAACUGGAGAUCAUGAAGUAAAUACAGCAAAAGUUAUUGACAAAAUUCAGAGCAAUCCAUCUCUUGCACCUUCUCUAUUUCAACUUUAUGCUGGACAACAUAGAAUUGGUGAAACACUACCGAUAGCUACAGCAGAAGCAAUUGAUUCUUUUUGGCUGUCUGAUAUUUGCUCGAUGAAUACAUUCGGUGUAUCAGAAGAUGGGAUCAAUCCUCUUCCCAUGCUGCCAACAAAAUCAGAAUACUCGAAAAAUGGACAUGCUGCUGGUCUUUUUCUUCUCCCAUCUCUUAUCAAUCAUGCCUGUUAUGAAAACGUUAUAAGAAGUUACAUUGGAGAUAUGAUGAUUGUUCGUGCUGCGUAUGAUUUAACUCAGGGUACAGAACUUCUCCUUACAUAUGCUGAUGAUUUACUUCAAUAUGAAGAACGUACAAAACAUUUGAAAAAACAUAAAUUUAUUUGUAAAUGCAUGUUAUGUGAAUUAGAUCGAGCUGAACCAGUCGCUAUUCACAGAAAACGAAAGAUACUAAUUGACCAGUAUAAAAACGAAUAUCGAUCCUUAAUGCUUGAGCAAAUUUUUCAAAAUCCACAAAAAGCAAUUGGUGAUAUGUUAAAAAUGAUGACAAAUAUUGAAAAUACUUAUAACGAAUCACGAAGGGAAAAGUAUCGACUCGGAUUAAUUGAGCCUUUACUGGCUUUAGGCAAAAUGUAUGGUGACACCGAUGACACUCAAAAUGCAAUGGAAUGUUAUAAAAAACUUCUCAAGAUACAUGAAUUUGAUCUAUCAACAAAUGCUGAACUGUUAACUCGUUUUCUAUUUAAAGGUGUUCAAGAACUAAUUAUGCUCUAUUAUGGAACAUCACAAAGAGACAAAGGACAGCAAUUAUUAAAAAGAUUACGCCAAUCUUUAGUCGUUACGCCUACUGGUGACGAUCGAAUUUUUGUUGCAGAAAACCGACAAUUUUUUUCUCAAUUGUUUGGAGUCUAUUUGUAA